AUGUUAUUUCGUGGAAAAUCAAAGAGACAUUCUUUCUGGCUUGGUCUGCGUAAGAAUCGAAAUCUUACUUGGUCCAACGGUGACAAUGUCAACUUCAAUAAAUCAUCUGUGAGUUUGCCAGAUGGGAAGCAGAUUUGUGAAGCUAUUGACAACGACACAUGGACAGGUUAUCAUUGUUCAGAGAAGAAACACUUCAUGUGCUCCAAAGAUGGUACCUACACCCUGAUUGACAAAGAGGAGGACUGGUGUCAUGCUCUGAAAUACUGCAGAACGAACGGCAGUGACUUGGUCAGCAUCCAUAGCGAAAAGGAAAAUGGCUUAGUGCUUGAAAAGGGAAACAACAGAAGCUUCUGGAUAGGACUCAUGCACGAUGAAUGGAAGUGGGAGGACAACGGCUGCUCUUCAUUCAGAACGUUCGAGGCACGCGAUCCAGGUCCAGAAAUAGAAAGCUGCAUAUCUUACACAGAUGGACAAAUGAAUGAAGUUGAUUGUAAUGACGAUAAACAAACAUAUUGCUCCAAAGGUGACAUGAGAAUCAAAGUGAUCAAUCAGAGUUUGAAUUGGGAAGAAGCCUUUGUGUACUGCAAGACCAAACACUCAGGCCUGCUGUGGAUUGAGGACAAGGAAGAUCAGGACGCUGUCAAAAAAUGGCUCGAACGCAGCGAUUUGGUUGGUCCGUUCUGGAUCGCCCUGAGGCAGAGUCGUGUCUUUGGGUUCUGGAUCUGGAGAGACAGUACAGUGUCUUACAAUAACUGGAAGAAUGGAUUCGUGCCUGAGCCGCCCUCAUCACACAUAUGUGGUGUCAUCGGCAAAAACACGAGCGAUUACACGUGGACGGAUGAAAACUGUUUGCAUGACCAUCCUUUUCUUUGUGAGGAGGAGAUUGUAUACAUGGAUUAACAUGGGUUUGACGGCUGAUCAUGGAAAUGAAAAU